GCCAGCUCCUGAGCAGAAGCGGGUCUUUUUGUGUCUUUUGGUGUGGGAUGUCGCGCCACAGCCAUCGUUUUGAACGGGACUUGCGGCCCGUCUGGGAACGCAGAGAACGCAGUGGCAUCAGUAGUAGUUGCAUCACGGCUAACGGCUGCGGCUCUUCUGCCAUCUCUGCCUCCUCCAUGACCAACAGCUCCAACAACCGUCCUGGCCUGCUGCCGCUGCCGGUCAUGCCCUCUCUAUUGCCCACGCCAGCCACUGGGGCAAACACCACCUGCAGCACAGAGCUGUCUGGCAAGCGUUUAGCUUCCACUUGCAGUACCUCCACCACUAAGGUCUCAGCACAUGCUGUAGUAGAAAAUCAAACUGCAGGACCUGUUCUGGCUCCCAGUGUCAGAUGGGGACAGACGCCCAUUAACCAGUCCACUCCCUGGGACACAGACGAACCCCCUAGCAAACAACUGAGGGAAAAGGAUAAUACAGGUCAGCUAUGGCCCCCAGCAGUGCCCACAGUGAGCCAGGCGAGUCUUCUUUCCCACACUUACGGCGUUCCCCAACCACCGGCUUAUAGCCAGGGAGUGACUGUCCAGGCACCCAUCAUAGGUGCUACUCCUCCCCUUCAAACUGCUGUGCCCCCGCCUCACCCGCUUCUGCCCUCACACUAUCAGCUGACCCAACCACCCUCGCAGCCACUGGCUAGCAUGGUGCUCAAUGUGCACAGCCAGACCCUGGGGCUCACUGGUCUGCCCCCCAUCGCCAUGUCCCCUAUGCCUGGAGUAUGUCAGGUCACUCAGACCGGCCAAACAGUGCUGGGCAAUGGCCAUCUCAACCAUCCCAUGGUGCAGCCGUCUACGACGUUAACCAGCAGCAUCCCGAUGAUAAAUGGACAAGCAUCUAUACACCCUCCUCCUACCAAUGGCUGCACCACUCAAGAGACUGCCAACGGCCUGCAGAUGCUCCGCACGGUCGGCAUGGGGAAGUAUGAGUUCACAGACCCUUGGCAUCCCAAAGAAAUGUUGAAAGAAUUGAACCAGCAGCGGCGAGUGAAAGAAUUUACAGACCUGAAAAUAAUUGUUCAAGGCAAAGAGUUUGAAGUCCAUCAAAAUGUUCUAGCUUCCUGCAGCUUGUAUUUCAAGGACAUGGUUAAAAGAGCUGUGUUGGCCGGAGAGAACAAAAGCGGUGAGAAGAUGACACUGACGAUGAACAGCAUCGGUGCUGAUGUUCUUGAGCUGCUGCUAGAGUUUGUCUACACAGGCUCCCUUAUCAUAGACUCAGCCAAUGCUAAGACUUUACUGGAGGCUGCCAACAAGUUCCAGUUUAACACUUUCUGCAAAGUCUGUGUGUCCUUUCUGGAGAAACAGCUGACAGCCAGUAACUGCCUGGGCGUGCUUGCGAUGGCAGAGGCCAUGCAGUGCACAGAGCUCCACAGCAUGGCCAAGGCCUUCGCUCUGCAGAACUUCCCGGAGGUAGCAAGUCAGCAGGAGAUCCUCAACAUCUCCAAAGAGGACUUCAUCAGCUACCUGUCCAAUGACAGUCUCAACGCAAAAGCUGAGGAGCUGGUGUAUGAGACGGUUAUCAAAUGGAUAAAGAAAGACCCCAGCAACCGAGUACAGCAUAUGUCAGAGCUGCUGGCUGUAGUGCGCCUGCCCUUUAUCCACCCAAGCUACUUACUGAAUGUAGUGGACAACGAGGAGCUGAUCAAGUCCUCAGAGCCAUGUAGAGACCUGGUUAAUGAGGCCAAGCGCUACCACAUGCUGCCACAUGCCCGACAGGAGAUGCAAACACCCAGAACACGCCCGCGACUCUCUGCAGGAGUUGCUGAGGUGAUCGUGUUGGUAGGAGGGCGUCAGGUCAUCGGCAUGAACCAGCGCUCGCUGACAGCCGUCACUUGCUUCAACCCUCAGAACAACAAGUGGUACCCGCUAGCCAGCCUGCCUUUUUACGAUCGCGAGUUCUUCUCUGUCAUUUCAGCAGGGGAUAAUAUCUACCUGUCAGGUGGAAUGGAGUCGGGAGUCAUGCUGCCAGACGUGUGGUGCUACAUGUCCCUGCUGGAUAAUUGGAACCUGGUGUCCCGAAUGACAGUCCCUCGUUGUCGCCACAAUAGCCUGGUCUAUGAUGGCAAGCUGUACACCAUCGGAGGACUCGGGGUGGCAGGCAACCUUGAUAAUGUGGAAAGGUAUGACACUAUCACAAAUCAGUGGGAGACAGUGUCACCUUUGCCGAAGCCAGUGCAUUCUGCAGCAGCGACAGUGUGUCGGGGGAAGAUCUACGUGUUUGGAGGGGUAAACGAGGCUGGACGCUCGGCUGGAGUCCUGCAGUCUUAUGUGCCUCAUACCAAUGCGUGGAGUUUCAUAGAAUCCCCAAUGAUAGAUAACAAGUAUGCACCUGCUGUAACACUCAAUGGCUUUAUCUUCAUCCUUGGAGGAGCAUAUGCCAGAGCUACAACUAUCUACGACCCUGAGAAAGGCAACAUCAAAGCAGGACCCAACAUGAACCACUCAAGGCAGUUCUGCAGUGCCGUAAUUUUGGAUGGGAAAAUCUACGCUACAGGAGGCAUUGUAAGCAGCGAGGGUCCGGCGCUGGGCAACAUGGAGGCCUUUGACCCCUGCGCCAAUGCCUGGACACUGCAACAGAGCAUGCCAUGCCCACUCUUCAGGCAUGGCUGUGUGGUCAUUAAGAAGUACAUUCAGAGUGGCUGAUGUUGGAGCUGAGUAAUACAGGAUGCUGUUGCCUCCUUUGCACACUCCUUCAUUCUGUGCUCCCUCGUUCACACUCUCACUGC